UACAUAAAUGGCAGUCUGCUCAGCUAUGUUCAGUGUCAUCUCAACUCCUGGGUCAAAGGGCCCACAAUCCGGGAUAAGGGGCACUACAGUCUGUCUGUUUGCAUAUUUGUGUAGAUACUGAAUGUAUUUAGAAACAUUUAAUUUUGUGAGAUCACCCAUCAAUUUGUCCAGGCUGUGGUCCGCCCCUUCACCCAUUGGCUCCUUUGUUGCCUCUCAUUCCUAACCCCCUUCUCGAUUUUCUCCAUCUGUUCACAUAUAUGAUGGAAACGUCAGUGUACUGCCACAAUCCAUAUAACAGCCAUCUACGUUUUUGCAGUUGAUCCAUCAAUGCGGAUAUAAAGCAUUACAAUAGAAGCGUGAUGUCAUAUGUUGUGGAUCACCAUUGUGGUAUAAUCUGUGGUUCAAUCGGUGAAUAGGUUAGCUACUGCACGAAACCUAUCCACUGGAAAAUUCCCAAAUACUAUCGUUGGAGAGGAAAAGGGGAUGUGUCUUUGUGUAACUACAUAAGAUUUAAAUGUUUCCUGGUAUUCAGUAUAUAGAUUGUCGUUGUGUGUUGUGAGGCCGUGUGACCUUGCUUGUGAUUCAUACUACGAACCUCUCCAUCUUCAGGGUAGUUUUAUCUAGUUAGCACCAAACGACAGCAGAUGUCGGAAUAAACAUGUUCAUAAUCCGUGGCAAUGGGUGGAUAAUCGUGAUAAACAUGGUGUGUUGCGAUGUAUUUUGGUGUUCAUGGUAAAUGUCGUCCGCAAUUUCGUGAUAGAUGGAUUAUGGCCUAUGGAACUUGCAUGGGGGUUUUUGGGCAAGCAACAAUCCAAACAGUGGAGACAGUGUGAGCAGAUCUCUCUACUCCACAGUCAGUGCUGGAAGCACUGGAUAUUUUCAUGGCUGUGCAGAUGGAUUAUCAUUUUCGAGUACUGGUACCUCUCCACCAUGUCGUUCUUCAUACCGAAGCCAGCCUGAAUAUGUGGCUAUGAAACCAUCCAUUGUGGUAUCAGGUGGUCCUUCUGCUGUCUCUGAAAUCAGUGGAGGACCUUCAGCAGAGAGAACAGAGCAGGCUACUUGCAAACCAGCUGUUAUGUCAUUACAAAAUGAUGUCAUGGUCGAACACAGUAGCGUUGAGAGCAUGAAUUCUGUGCACACCCAUUCAGGCCUGAGUGGCACAUCUCCAUUGACUCUAAAUCCAGGAGCUACCCCAGUUUCAAGGCCUGAAAGUGCGUCAUCUCAACAGAAUCAUAAGAAGUUGAAAUCUCCCAAACAUCAAAGGAAGAACUUCGCUGCUAUCGGCAGAAGCGAUAGCUUUGACAGUGUGUGGAAUCGAAAUUUAAAGACUGAGAGUACAAUGCAGUAUCUGAACCAACAGUAUAAUCCCAUGUACAGUAUGAUGUUUGGUAGACUGAGUAAUAAACACCUGGAUGCAGUGUCAGAAGCAUCUGAUGAUGAUGACGAUGAAGAAGAAGAAGAAGAAGAAGAUGAUGAUGACAAUGAUAAUGAUAUUGGAGAAGGCGAUAGUUACAGCAAUCAGUCAUCAUUAGCUAACAGAUCAGCACAUAAAACUGCUAGCAGUGGAGGCAGGACCGGAUACGAGUGUGGAGAAUGUAGUCUUGUGGCUGACACUCGGCCAAGCUUGAAGAAGCACAUAGCUAUUUGCCAUCCAGCUCCCGGAGCAGAUUCCAAUCUUGCUCAUGCACUACUGAGCAAGAUGUCUGCAUCAUGUCCAAUGGCAUCGUGUCGCUUCCAUACUUCAGAAAGGGACGAACUUGAAGCUCAUGUAGCAAGGCAUGUUGCUGAAGGAUACAGUCCCACAGGAAAGAAACGUGCAGGCCCAGUGUCUCUUCAGAGAGUCAGAUAUGAGAGGGAAGAGUAUCGUUGCCAAAUGUGUGCUUACACAUGUACAAUUGAAAAGGCAUUUUAUAAACACCUGAAACUGCAUACGCUGGGGCUGAAUGUGCCAUCAGUUAAAAUUUCAUGUGUUAUUUGUGGCAAAGAUAGGCCUACAGAAGUGGAAAUGAAUAAGCACAUGAGGCGGCAUCGAGACAACAGAUACUUCUGUUGUGAUAUAUGCAUUUUUAGGACAGUGCAGCUUAAAAAGUUGAUUCAGCAUAGACGAAUGCAUACUGGGGAGAAGCCACAUCUGUGUCCUCACUGCGCGUACCGGUCUGCUCGCCGAGACAAUCUUCGUUCCCAUGUCCGUCGCGUGCACAAGAAAGAGAAUUUGUACUGUGAUACAUUUUCUCCAAGAGGACUGCUCCUUACACCUGCUUCUUCAACACAGCAGGAAGAACAACCAGAACCAGCAACGCAGACUCUAGCCAAAACUGAGGUGUGAUCACUAAAUGUCAUGGAGCCAUAUGUAUCCUUUCUUCCUUCCUUUCUUGUCCAUCUGUGCAUCUCUCCCUCCCCAACCAUCUGUUACAUGUUAUCCACCCACUGACACUUCCUUUAAUUUUUCCAUCUUUCUCUUUUGCCCCCACUGAGGUUUUAGAAUCACUUCCUGCUCUAAACUUGUAUUCAAGAGUACCUGGUUCAUAUCUUGGCCAGGAUAGUGUCUGUCACAAUUAUAGUUUUCCUCAUUUGCUUCAGAUGAAUACCAACAGAGUACCUUGUAAUAGGUCACAUCCACAAUCUAACAUAUCCUAACCUUACCAUUCACAAUAAUAUUUAUCUCAUCAGUGCUAUAUAACUUCUGCAGUUGGAACAGCACUAUCAUAUAACUUGAUAACCAGUUCUACAAUCCUUCCAUCUCUCAUUUCCAUCCUUUAUUUAUAUCUAUCUCAUUCUUUUCUCUUGGGGUCUUUUCAGGUGUGUUUACAACUAAACGUCGUAUAAAUAUGCCUGUUAACUUUACCAUGUUUGUUUGUAUGCACAUAACUUGUCAAGAAAUGCUGAACAUAUGUUUAUUAAAUCUCAUAUUGAAGAGUUACUAAAAUUUCUUGGCACAUUUCUUUUUUAAAUAGAAAGACAGUGGGCACUCUACAUGAAGACCUACAGUACGCAAGAAAUGCGUGUGAUGUAGGUUGCGCAGUAGGCAAGUGAUGUGUGCGUGUGUAACCCCUCUAUUCCUGACUCUUUAGUACAAA